AAAAUUUAGGUUCCACAGCACGCAUUGUUGUUACCCGGAAAGGUCUUCCAGUCGGACACAAAGGUUGUGGGAAUUCUUGCCCAGCAGCAUCGGCAGCCUCUGAUCAACUUGCAGACAUUUUAAUUCCCCCACGACCUUUUUAUCCACAUAUUUUGGAGCGAGAGGGAGUGUAUGGCCAUGUACACUCUGGUCGGUAAGCGUGCUUUCGCCGAGGGUUGUUUUGGUCAGACUUUAAGGACAUGCAUGGCAAGAAUGACAGCUCUCCCAGAAGGACACAGCCACAGGGAUUUCUCUACCCAGCCCAUGAAACCUGGACAAACGUUGUCCAAGUCGCAUUAUCGGUUAUUAAGAUGUGCCAGGCACAUGUCAGGCAGACCAGGAGGAGGUGCGAUGAAUGUCUUUGACAGGGCCAUGAAACGUCAACAGAAGAAAUGGGCAGCCUCGCUUCACGACACUGACAAGUACGACUACCUGAGAGCAGAGAUUGGACUGAGAGUGGCAGACAGAGUUUACGACGUUGCCAGGAGCUUCCCCUUGGCUUUAGAUGUUGGCUGUGGAAAAAGUUACAUUGCAGAGCAUUUGAGCAAGGAUAUUGUUGAAAAAUUCUUCCUUACAGACAUAUGCAGCACAUCACUGAGGCAAACGAGGCCGAGUGAGAUGCCUACCCACUGUGUCCAAGCAGACGAGGAGUUCCUGCCAUUCAAGGACAACACGUUUGACCUUGUAGUCAGUAGUCUGAGUAUGCACUGGGUCAAUGAUCUUCCUGGGGCAUUACGACAGAUCCAGCGUGUGCUGAAGCCUGACGGUGUCUUCAUCGGUGCGAUGGUGGGCGGUGAAACGCUGUAUGAGCUGCGCUGCUCUCUGCAGCUGGCGGAGCUGGAGAGGGAGGGGGGCUUCUCUCCGCACGUCUCCCCCUACACCGCAGUCACCGACCUGGGCAACCUACUGGGCCAGGCAGGGUUCAACAUGCUCACCGUGGACAUUGAUGAAAUCCAGGUUCACUACCCAGGAAUGUUUGAGGUGAUGAGAGACUUACAAGGUAUGGGAGAGAGCAACUGUGCAUGGACCAGGAGACCCAUCAUCCACAGAGACACGCUGCUAGCAGCGGCCGCCAUUUACAAGGAGAUGUACGGGAACGAGGACGGCACGGUGCCCGCUACCUUUGAUAUCCUGCACAUGAUUGGCUGGAAGCCCCACGAGUCACAGGCCAAACCUGCCCAGAGGGGCUCUGCCAACGUCUCCUUCGCAGACCUGUCCAAGAUCGGCAAAGGACCACCAGGACCACAACAGGGCUCGUAGAGAGAGUGUGGUGCACAUGUGUGCACAUCGUUCAGUAGAGUAAGAUGCAUCAAGCCUGUACAUUUCCAGGAUCCGUGUGACGUCAGGUGAACACCCCUUUAGGACAAGUACAAGGAGAGGCCAUUGAAAUGGACUGUGUGUGUGUGUGCGCGCGUGCGUGUGCGUGUGCGUGUGCACGCGUGCGUGCGUGCGUGCUUGCGUGACUGUGAGUUUGAGUGAGAGUGUGAGAGUGUUGGAAAGUCUGAGCGUGUCUAUGCCUUUAUUGAUUUACGGUGUGUUUGUGUGAGUACACACUAUAAUGUAUUUUUAGGAAUGCAUACCAUAUUUGCUCAUCAAAUGUACAGUACGAAGUGUAAUAUCAAACUGAAACUUGUGAGCUGUUGACGGCUAAAUUAAAAGUACAAUGACCAAAAAAAGAAAUGACCAGUAUUCUUUUUUUAAUGAAACUACAAUGUUUUUAACAGCAGAUAUACAAAUGUGUGGCUUCUGUUGUGAAAAUCCAUUAAUUAAUAAUUAAUGCAGAGCACUAUGUACAACCAAUGAUUUAAAAUGUACACAUCAAUAAUACCCAAUGUUGUAUGAAACGGUAUUUAAAAAAACACACAUAUAAAGUGAAGUAUUUAUAGCUAAAUGUACACAUCUAAACAAAAACAAAGCACAAAUUCAUAGUGAUAAUAAUGAUCCGUGAAUAAACAAACUCAGGCCGUGUUUUCAUGUAUUUAAAGACUAUCGUACAAGUAACAAGUCUCCAUUAAACCAAAAACGAACUGAAAAGUGCUUUUUUUAAGGAAAAAAAAUCCCUUUAUACCGUCAUCACCUGUGAUUUACGGUACAUACAUGCAUUCAACAAGCCGAAUACUUUCUCCCAAAGUACUCCUUUUCAAAUAUACAUUCUGUGAGUAUGGCUUUGACAUAAAGGGGAAAAAAAGCUGUACGUGGAUACACAGACAAGAAGUGCACGUACGAUUUGGUGAAAUGUGUUUGUUUUGAGAAUGAACAAAGUGAAUAUAACCUUACCCAUAAAAACUGAAGUUAGCAUUCCUGCUAGCAAUGGACCUAGUGAACCUCUAAUCCGGUGUUCAUUAAAAUCAACAGUUACAGUACAUUAUUUGUUUGAGUCGGAUCAACAGUCAUCAUAGACGAUGGCUUUUUCAAGACUGAGGCUUUGGAAGACCUGUUCUUAAUAGAUGCAGACAGGGGCGGUUCUAGACCAAAACUUCCAGGGGGGCCGCGGUGGUACCAUUAUUUUUUUCAGGGGGGCACAUACAUUGGCAAAAGAGAUACAUUUUUAAUGUUAUGAAUAUAUAAUGUACAAAAAUGUAUAUCAUGUUGCAGUCAUUGGCUGUUCAGCACAGGGGCCACAACAGGGGUCUGGAGGAAAUCGUCAGCGGCCCUGGGCCACCCGGGCACUUGUCUAGAACCGCCCAUGGAUACAGAACACUAGAUGCCACAAUGCGUUAUCUGUGUCGCGGUAGCACACUGCCAUCAGUCUGUGAUGCAGGGUGGUAGGUGGUGGUGAAGACAUCUAUGAAAAACGCAGGACACCGGAACAAGACAGAACCCGUUUCUCAACAGUGUCGUUGCUAACUAAGUUACUAACUAACUAAGUUGCUAACUAUUUAGCAACGACACCGUAGAGAAACAGAGUCCUGGUCUGGCUAUACCAAAAGGCUGAAAGGAAAUAAUACAUGUCCGCAACACUGCUCUACGCUCCCACAUAUUAAACGUUGUGCCAUUUAACAUUUGGGAGCAUAGAACAGUGUUGCGGACAUUUAUUAUUAUUAUUUCCUUCAAGUUGUCUUUUGUUUGGUCCAGUCACUGAUGUGUGCAAAUUCUCUGCUUCAACAUCUAUGAAAAACACAAGAUGGCGGAAACAAGAUGGCAGUGCCCAAGAUCUGGCGAUACCAAAAAACGUGAACACGGCAUCUGGUGUUGUAAUAACUCAUUCUUUUGAAACUCGGCUGUCGGUAGACCCGAGGUUGUUCUCCCGAUAACCGCUGUAAAUGCAUUCUAUUGCAACAGCUGGGGAGAAUACAAAUGUCUGAAAACACUAAUGUUAAACAAACUCGGAGUUUGAGUUUCGGAACCCUGAGUUGAGUACCCGUUCUUUUGCACUUUCCCGAGGCGGAGAUCUGGGUAUCCGACAAUCUAAGUUUCAAAAGAAUGCACCAUAAUCCCUCCUCUUCCACCCCGACAACUGGAGACAACAUUGGCUGAUGCCCAAGGCAGUAACAGCACUAAAUGGAGGGCUGUUUACUGGUCAUUGAGAAACGUGAUUAUUACAGAAGUGGCUUGUGUUUAGUGUCAAAACAGAACUUGUGACUAGUGUUAAAAACAGAACUAUCCCUGGUCUAUUAAACCCUUGAUAAGUUGUAUUUCAGAUGGUUGUAUGACACUAAUAAUAAU